AUGGAUCUCGAACUCAAUAACGUGCUCAUUUACGGGAUCUGCCUCAGCAGCUGUCUGCUUUUGAAGAUUCUCCUGCCAUAUUUACCCCUUGUCUGCCCACUACUCCUCGAGCUUGUCAAAUGCCCUCCACUUCCGCGCGUGGGUCGCAGCACUACGCUCUGGACCUACAAAUACCUCAUAUAUCGCACUGUAGUCAGAGCCCGCCGCUGGUGCGGCGGCUGGAGUAGAUUCGAUGUGCUGCUGCUUGUCAUGUACUUAGCGGCCAACAUUAGCUGCACACUGAUCGGUGUAUCAUCAGUCCUCGAGGCAGGCGCUCGGGCCGGGGCCCUGUGUCUUUGUAAUAUGCUUCCGCUUUUUGCUGCCCCUAGCCUGAGCUUCGCGGCCGACAUCCUACAGGUCUCUCUCCGGGACCAGCGCCGACUGCACGUGCUCGCCGGCGUGGCCGUCGUGUUGUUGGCUGCCUUCCACGUGACGGUGAGUGCUGCUAGCAGCGAAGGAUAUCCUUUGACGGACGUAAAGAAUGUGUCAGCGUUCGGCGCCAUCAUAUGCAUUGGUUCGCUGAGCCUACCUAUUGGCUUCCUGUCACGGCUGCUCCCCUUUGAACUUGUAAGCACCGGCCACCACUUGCUGGCGUUGACGCUCGUCGGCACGACCUGGCACCAUCUGCCAUCGAAACAUCUGCAGCCCCGGCUUUACAUCUACGUGGUCGCUGGAGCGUACGCUCUGGCGCUUGCGGCUCACGGUGUAUGGGCCUCAUACCGGAACAAGCUGUGGUUUUCUCGAGCCCGCCUAACGGAACAAUACGGACUCAUUCACAUGAAUUUGCAUUCCCGAAGGAAACUGGCCGCAGAGCCUGGCCAGUAUCUCAACAUGUGGAUUAUCGAAGGGGUGAGGUCCAUCCUACAGGUCACCCCGCUCCUCGUAGUCUCCUGGGCGCCCGAGGCGACGGACGAAGCGGAAUUGAUUUUGCAAGUCCGUCAGGGCCUGACCAGGAAACUGCUCAAGUCAUUGGAGUAUGGUGACAACACGGUCAGAGUUGCCUAUUCGGGACCCCAUGGACCAACCAUCCCGACGGACAAACACGAGUAUUUCCUACUGCUAGCAACGGGCUCGGGCAUCCUACCGAUGCUGCCUUUUUUAAAGAAACUGGUCAGUCACCGUCAUGGGCACCGUCGAUCUUGCACACGGAGGGUGCGUCUGGUCUGGCGGGUGGAGGACGAAGGCCUUGCGGAUGUGGUAGAGAAAUACAUCAACUCGGCCCUUGAGGAGGACGACAAGCCGCCGCCAUCUGGAGAAUAUGCCGAAAUUGCGAAGCUCAGACAUUGUCUAAACUGUGGCGGCCGGCAUGACGAAAUUCUCGAUUUGACCUUCUACAUGAAACGGCCCUGCAAGCCGCCUGCCUAUGAGGCGUCAACCGCUCCAACGGAAAAGCUGGUGAAACCAGAGCAGGAAGCCUUACAGUCUGUUCACGCAUCAGGAUGUACAGAUGCCGAUGCGGAGAAGAAGAAGAAGCCUAGGGCACGUUUUAAGCUCGUCGAGGAUCUGGAUUUUGGCGCCAUCGUAGGCGAUGAGACCAAAUUAGUCAAGAAUCCCCCAGUCAGAGCCCCACUGCUAGUGAUUGCCGCCAUCGCUCGACCGUUUCGGGAAGAAUUGACGGAAGCAGUCCGAGCACAUCUACAAAGCGUGAUCUUACGAUUUGCGGAAUUUGAGCCGCCAGCAGAGACGAAGAAGGAGGGAAAACUUCCCAAGGACGAAAAUAUCAACAUAGACAUGGCUAAGCAAGUCCGUGACGAUAUUAUGGGGAAGACAAGCCCGUGAAAACACCAAGGCUCAGU